AUGUCAACGGAUAGCAGUGCAAACAAUACUAUAGAUUUGUUUCCCGAUUUGGAAAUUUCGUUAUCACGUUCAGCUCGCUUCUGGAUUAUACUGUUUCUUGACAUUCCCUCAGUGAUCUGUAGUCUUUGCUUGAUUAUUCAUAUUAUUAUCGAUCGAACUCAACGGCAUUCUUUGUAUAAUCACACGAUUUUUCUAAUCCUGAUUGUAAACUUACCAGUUCAAUUAUUGGAUACUGGCUUGUAUCUUUCUGUUAUUCGCAAUGGUCUUGUGCAACCAUCACUACCGAUUGUAUGUCUUCUAUGGUUACUGGCAGACUACUGCUUUUACUGCAUGGGAGUUAUUCUAUUGACUUGGCUGGCAAUCGAGCGACAUAUUUUGAUCUUCUAUGACCAAUGGGUAACAAAUCAGCGAGGACGAUUUCUUUUCCAUUAUCUUCCUUUGAUUCUUAUUAUCUUCUAUGUUUGUCUCUUCUAUAUCGUUGGUAUUUUCGUAUUACCCUGUGACAACGUCUAUGAUUAUACAUCCUUAUACUGCGAUGUUGGUCCUUGUCUUGAGUCCUACAAAUUUAUCAAUUUGUGGGAAACGAACUUUAAUUAUUGUUGUCCAGUGAUUAUUGAAACUGUUGCCAGUAUCAGUCUUCUUUUGCGUGUGCAAUGGCAGAAACGACGCCUUCGUCGGUCAAACCAAUGGCGAAAACAACGCCGAAUGAUCAUGCAAUUAGGCUUAGUUUCAGGCAUCAAUACGGUCAUGAACCUCCCACUCUAUAUCGUCUUCAUUGCUCGGUCAUGUGGUUUAGCUACGCAAAGCAGCACUGAAGCUAAAAUCUGGUUUGAUUUUCUCAGUUACGGAAUAGUUUUUUUCUUUCCAUUUGCAUCAUUAUGCCAAUUCCCAAUUUUACGCAAACAGAUUACAAAGACACUGACUUGUAUCGUUGCAAGACCAUCGCUACCACACCGUCUUUUAACCAUUUCGUCAGCAAAAGUCAUGCCUAGAAAUAAUCCGGUGUGA